UUUAAACAAGAGUGAAGUUUUUUAAAAUGAAAAUCGAGUUACUGUUAACGGUGUUCCUGAUAUUUGCUAUAUCAGACGUCGAAUCUUAUAAAAUAUUAGCAGUGUUUCCCAUACCUUCCAUAAGUCAUCAAGUGGUGUUUAGAAAAAUAACCCAAGAACUAGCAAGAAGAGGGCAUGAGAUCACAGUGAUAACACCAGAUCCCAUAUAUCGAAACGGAGAUGCCCCUUCAAAUUUUAUUGAAAUAGACGUCCAUGAUAUAUCUUACUCUUUAUGGGCGAAGGCUGUCACACAUAGUUUAAACAUAACAGGUGAACCGAUGACAUUUGAAGAUAUAAGAGAAGGGUGUAAAUUUUUUGUCUCUUUAUUCCAACUACAAUUUGAAACAGAAGCAGUCCAAGAAGUUAUUUCAAAGAAUGAAAAAUUUGAUUUGAUACUUAUUGAAUCUAUCGUUCGACCAGCUUUGGCAUACUCUUAUGUAUUUAAAGCGCCAGUUAUUUUAGUCAAUUCGUUUACUGCUGUUUUUAGUAACAAUAAAAUUAUAGGAUCACCCACACACCCUUUGCUGUAUCCAAUUUGUUUUCGAAAUCGUUUAUACAAUUUAUCAUUUGCUGAAAAAAUACAUCAGUUGUACUUACAUUAUAUGUAUGAAUACGCGGAUUAUUUGAAUGAAAAAGAAGAAUCGAAUAUAUUAAGAAAAAUAUUUGGAUCUAAGUUUCCAUCUUUACAUGAAUUAGGUAAUAAUGUUGAUAUGUUGCUAUUAAACAUACACUCUCUAUGGGCGGACAAUCAGCCAGUUGCCCCCAACGUUAUUUAUAUGGGUGGUAUUCAUCAAUUGCCACGGAAGGAACUACCAAAGGAUCUCAAAUCUUACUUAGAUUCUUCUAAAAAUGGUGUCAUAUACGUCAGCUUUGGUACCAAUGUCUUAUCUAAUAUGAUUCCUGAAAAGCAAAUAGUUGCAAUUAUAAAUGUGUUAUCUAAGUUACCCUACGAUGUUCUUUGGAAAUGGGAUGGUGAUUCAUUACCUUUGACAUCUACAAACAUAAGAACUUCGAAAUGGUUUCCUCAAUCGGACUUGUUAAGACAUCCGGCUAUAAAACUUUUUAUAACACAAGCCGGUCUUCAAUCAACUGACGAAGCAAUCACUGCAGAGGUUCCUCUUAUUGCAUUCCCAAUGCUUGCUGAUCAGUGGUUUAAUGCAGAAAAAUACGAAAAAUUUAAUAUUGGUAUUAAGUUACACAUUUUAUCGUUCACGGAAAAACAACUAGAGACUGCUAUUGACGACGUCAUUAAUGAUAAAAGUUAUCGACGAAAUAUUAUCAAACUUCGUCAUUUAAUGCGUGAUCAACCCGAAACACCUUUGAACCGGACGAUAUGGUGGAUAGAGCACGUGUUGCGGCACGGAGGGGCGAAGCAUCUACGAUCACCCGCAGCUAAUAUGUCGUACAUUGAUUAUUUCGAAGUCAAAUUAAUGUUAUUUAUUCUUUUAUUAAUCACAGUAUUCAUAUUAGCAUUCAUUUUAGUGCUUAAAUGUUUUACAAAAUUUAUAAUAAGAUUUUUUUCGAAUAAAAAUAAAAUCAAAUAUAACUAAAUAUAUCUUAUGUAAUAAAUACUUUCGAUUGUAA